AUGACGACGAGACAGCUUUCACACUUUUCCCCUCGUCUCGGGGUUCUCAACGAUAUUCCAUUUGCUAUCCAAUUCGAGACUCGUGUAUUGAUUUUCCGGCGCUUCGUAGAAAACGAUAAUGGGCGGAUCGAUGUAUCCAUUCGAAGAGUCCAUAUCGGGCAAGAUGGAUAUGACAGACUGGCCGAAGUAGAUCUAAGGGUCCCGAUCGCCAUAACAUUUAUCGAUCAGUUUGGAGAGUUUUUUACUUCCUUGUGCAAGGAAGUAUUUGACACAGACCGCGGACUAUGGCUGGCGAAUAAGAGGAAUGAGAUUUGCCCUAAUCCCCACUCGUACGCCACAGAACCGCACAAUUUGAACUGGUAUCGCUUCAUCGGACGAAUUCUGGGCAAGGCACUUUAUAAGGGCAUCCUAGUCGAGGUCGCAUUCGCAGGGUUUUUCCUGGCCAAGUGGCUAGACAAACAAAGCUUUCUGGAUGACCUUGCUUCUCUCGAUCCUGAUUUGUACCAGGGUCUGAUAUUCCUCAGGAACUACACCGGAGAUGUGGAAGCCCUCGCAUUGAACUUCACAGUUGCGAUCGAAGAGUUUGGAGUUGCCAAAGCUGUGGACCUCAUACCAGACGGCAGCAAUGUUCCGGUCACCCGGGAGAACCGACUGCAAUACAUCUACCUCACUUCUCACUACAAGCUGAGCAAGCAGAUCAAGCUCCAGAGCGAGGCGUUCUUUGAGGGUCUUUCUGAUAUGAUAGACCCCAAAUGGUUUCGAAUGUUCAAUCAGCAGGAACUUCAGAUAUUGCUAGGUGUCGUGAACGCACCUGUGGAUGUGCAGGACUUGAGAGCACAUACCCAAUACGGGGGCUUGUAUGAUAAUAACGAACCCACCAUACAGACUUUUUGGAAGGUUUUGGAGGAUUUCGAUCAGGAACAACGACGGCUAUUCCUGAGAUUUCUAAACCCCCUCUUUGCCAUACGCGACGCAGGGAGUGAUGAGGACCGAUUACCAACUUCAAGCACCUGCGUAAAUCUUUUAAAGCUGCCCGGAUAUAUCAGCGAAAAAAAGCUUCAUGACAAGCUCCUGAAGGCAAUCUCCUCUGGUGCUGGUUUCGAUCUCUCAUAG